AGAUAAAUCUGAUGCGGUAUUUGAUAUUACAGAAAAAUGUGGUGAAAUUCUGGAUGCAGAGAUGUCUGAGGACGCUGACCACAACUUAACACCGGCCCUCGACAGCUUGUCUUAUGGAGUACCGAAUCGAGCAGGACCUGAGAAUUCACUGCAGGGUGAUGAUCAUGAUUAUUUUCUGAACUCUGGGGAUCUUGCAGGCAUACCUGUUGUUGGGAGUGACAACGAAGAUGAUCAGAAUUUCACUCCAAAAGACACUCUUUCUGCAGCAAUUCAUGAUGAAGAUCAUCUGGAAGAGGGCAAGAGAGUUCCAGAUCAUGAACUGGACAGUGAAAAAGAAAUUCAGGUUCAGAAUGCAAUCCAGAAGGAUCUCACUUCCCCCUUUGAGCAGGGCCCUGUAUUUAAAUCACUUCGAAAAGAUUUUAGCAUAACACGAGAUAAUGGCAAAGAGACUUUUUCAGCAAAGGACAAGAAUAGAGAAGGACAUUUUCAAGAACGUGAAAAACGCUUGGAAAAAAUCCCUAAAGAUAUGGAUUCUAGAUUGAAAAGCAGUUUUCUUGACAAAGCAGUUCAUAAUCAAGUAGAAGAAACAUUACGGACGCAGUUAGCGCCACAAACUCCAGAAACUAACUUCAGGGAGUCUAGCUACCUAUUUUCUAGUAAGGAAUCUAUUGGACAAGAGCUGGGGAAUUCCUUUGCACCAAAUAUUAGAAUUAAGAAGGAGCCUUUGGAUGACGAAUAUGCUAAAGCUAUGGCCCCACAGCAGGGACUAUUAGACAAAAUUAAAGAUGAACCUGGUAAUUCUGAGGAGUACGGCCAGCAGCCAAAAUCUCAGGAAGGGGAGCUGAAAAUCAGUGCUGUAUUUUCAGUCAGUGGCAAUCCUCUUGUUCCACAGCUGUCAUCAGGUUUCCAGCCUGCUGUGGCAUCCUCUGGCAUGAGUAAAAUGCUACCCUCAGUUCCAAGCACAGCUGUUCGGGUUUCCUGUUCUGGCUGUAAAAAAAUCCUGCAGAAGGGGCAAACUGCCUACCAGAGGAAAGGCUCAACCCAGCUCUUCUGCUCCACACUGUGCCUCACUGGAUACACCAUUCCAGCUUCUCGCCCACCAGCUUCUACCAAGAAAACCUGCUCAAGCUGCUCAAAAGAAAUUCUAAACCCAAAGGACGUAAUCACUGCCCAGUUUGACAACACAGACUCCAGUAAGGAUUUCUGCAGCCAGUCUUGUCUGUCCACAUAUGAACUGAAAAGGAAGCCCAUUGUCACUAUCCACACCAACAGCAUUUCCAGCAAGUGCAGCAUGUGCCAGAAGAAUGCAGUGAUCAGGCACGAGGUGAAUUACCAGAACGUGGUGCACAAGCUCUGCAGCGACGCCUGUUUCUCCCAGUUCCGCUCGGCCAACAACCUGACCAUGAACUGCUGUGAAUACUGUGGAGGAUACUGCUACAGUGGCUCUGGCCAGUGUCACAUCCUGCAGAUAGAGGGACAGUCCAAAAAAUUCUGCAGUUCCAUAUGUAUGACAGGUUACAAGCAGAAGUCAGCUAAAAUUACACCCUGCACACUGUGUAAAUCUCUGAGAUCUUCAGCUGAGAUGGUGGAGGGCGCAAAUAACUUGGGGAAGAUGGAACUGUUUUGUUCUGUUAACUGUUUGUCAGCCUACAGAGUAAAAAUGGUCACUUCUUCAGGUGUUCAAGUUCAGUGCAACAGCUGUAAAACCUCAGCAAACCCUCAGUAUCACUUGGCUAUGUCAGAUGGGAGCAUACGCAAUUUUUGCAGCUACAAUUGUGUAGUAGCUUUUCAGAAUCUGUUCAACAAGCCUGCAGGACUGAACUCCUCAGUGGUGCCCCUGUCUCAGGGCCAGGUCAUUGUGAGCAUCUCCUCGGGGACAGUGGUCUCAGCCACUGGCACCACCUCCACUGUGUCCCCCAGCUCCACGAGCACCCCAGCUGCAGCAGGGCUCCAGAGGUUGGCUGCCCAGUGCCAGCAGGUCACCUUUACCCGCUCUGUUGUGAAAAUCAAGUGUCAGCACUGUAACAGAUCAUUUGCCACCAAACCAGAACUGCUUGAUUACAAGGGUAAAAUGUUCCAGUUCUGUGGGAAGACCUGCUGUGAUGAGUAUAAGAAGAAGGGCAAUAUGACAGCUUUGUGUGAAUACUGCAGGUUUGAGAAAAUUAUCAAGGAGACAGUGAGAGUCUCAGGCAUAGAGAGAACAUUCUGUAGUGAAGUUUGUAAACUGCUCUAUAAACACGACUUGUCUAAGCGCUGGGGAAACCACUGUAAAAUGUGCAGUUACUGUUUACAGACUUCCCCCAAACUGGUCCAGAGUCACUUUGGGGGGAAAACAGAGGAAUUUUGCUCAGAGGAGUGCAUGUCUAAAUUCACGGUUUUGUUUUACCAGAUGGCAAAGUGUGAUGGUUGUAAGAGACAAGGUAAACUCAGCGAGUCCAUAAAAUGGCAAGGGGAGAUGAAGCAUUUUUGCAAUCUGCUUUGUAUUCUGUUGUUCUGUAAACAGCAAGGUGCUCCUGACCCUCCACUCCCAAACAACACAGGUGCAGUCCCUACUGUGACAGCAAAAACAAUAGGAGAUGCAAGUACCCAGACAGAUGCCCUAAAGCUCCCAUCAUCAAAACCACCCAGGCUUCUGAAAAACAAAGCUUUAUUGUGUAAGCCAAUCACCCAGACUAAGGCCACCUCCUGCAAACCUCACACACAAAACAAAGAAUGCCAGACAGAAGAAGAAGCACCUGCUCAACCCCAGAUCAUUGUGGUUCCUGUUCCUGUACCAGUGUUUGUGCCAGUGCCCCUCCACCUCUACACCCAGUACACACCAGUUCCCCUGGGAAUGCCAGUACCUGUACCAGUUCCCAUGCUCAUCCCAACUACCCCGGAUAAUGCUGAUAAGAUCAUUGAAAAUAUUCAGGAAAACAAGGAAAAGAUUUCCAUUAAUCCAUUUGAAGCUGAUCUCCUUCAGAUGGCAGAAAUGAUUGCAGAAGAUGCAGAGAGAGAAAAAACACACUCUCAUGGUGGAUCUCAAACAUCCGAGCACGAGCUCUUCCUGGACCCCAAGAUAUUUGAGAAAGACCAGGGCAGCACGUACAGUGGAGAUCUGGAAUCAGAAGCAGUGUCCACUCCACACAGCUGGGAGGAGGAGUUGAAUCACUACGCCUUACGAUCCAAUGCCCUGCCAGAACCUGAUCCAGAACUCAAGCAGUUCUCCAAAACUGAUGUGGAACAGGACUUGGAGGCAGAUUUCCCAUCAGACUCAUUUGACCCUCUCAGUAAAGGACCGGGUUUACAUUCACGUUCACGGGCAAGACGGAGACACAGGGAUGGCUUCCCACAGCCAAAAAGAAGGGGACGGAAGAAGUCUGUAGUUGCUGUGGAGCCCCGGAGUCUGAUGCAGGGCUCCUACCCCGGCUGCUCUGUUUCUGGGAUGACCCUCAAAUACAUGUAUGGGGUAAAUGCCUGGAAAAACUGGGUCCAAUGGAAAAAUGCACAGGAGGAACAAGGGGACCUGAAGUUUUCAGUUCAUCCUGUGAAGCUCAAGGAGGACAUUCUCUCAUGCACAUUUGCUGAGCUGAGUUUUGGCUUGUGCCAGUUUAUUCAAGAGGUGCGGAGACCAAACGGAGAAAAAUACGACCCUGACAGCAUCUUAUACUUGUGCCUUGGAAUUCAGCAGUACCUGUUUGAGAAUGGUAGAAUAGAUAACAUUUUCACCGAGCCCUAUUCCAGGUUUAUGAUUGAACUUACAAAACUUUUGAAAAUCUGGGAACCUACAAUUCUUCCAAAUGGUUAUAUGUUCUCAAGAAUUGAAGAGGAACACUUGUGGGAAUGUAAGCAGCUGGGUGCAUAUUCCCCCAUCGUUUUGUUGAACACCCUUUUGUUCUUCAACACCAAAUACUUCCAACUAAAGAAUGUCAGUGAGCACCUGAAACUGUCCUUUGCCCAUGUUAUGAGGCGCACCCGAACUCUGAAGUAUAAUACUAAGAUGACAUAUUUACGUUUUUUCCCACCCUUUCAAAAACAAGAGGUAGAAUCAGAUAAAUUAUCAGUAGGCAAAAGGAAACGCAGUGAAGAUGAGGAGGUUCCAACAGCAGUGGAAAUGGCUGAAAACACAGAUAAUCCCCUCCGGUGUCCAGUCCGACUUUAUGAAUUUUACUUAUCAAAAUGCUCGGAAAGCGUGAAGCAGAGGAGUGAUGUGUUCUACCUGCAGCCCGAGCGCUCCUGUGUUCCCAACAGCCCCAUAUGGUAUUCCACAUUGCCAAUAGACCCAGGAACCUUGGACAUCAUGUUAACAAGGAUUCUUAUGGUGAGGGAGGUACACGAAGAACUUGCCAAAGUCAAAUCAGAGGACUCUGAUAUUGAGUUAUCAGACUAACUGCAGUGGGGUAUUUUCCUUUGAAUACACAUCAGAAGCACCAAAAUGUGAAUACGUCCAGCCUUUGGAAAAUGUGUAUCAAAAAAAGCCAAGAUAAUGUCACCUACAGGCAGAUUUUGUACCACAGUGGAUGUACAAACUGGAACUGGAAGGAAGCAAGCUGUGUAAGCUGCAAGUCCCAACGUCCUGCAGCACCGAUCAAUGCUCAGAACAAAUCCAAGUUGAACUCACCCAUUGGAUUGGUGCAUAAAUCCUUUAUCUGUUUAGGAUUUUUAAAAGUUGUGAGAUAUUUUUAAGGAAAAUGGUUGUGUAAAAUCUACCCUCACACUGGUGGGCAUGGAGAGCUAGAUUGUGGCUCAGGUGACUUCCCAGCCUGCUGGCUGGCAGCCCUUGCUGCCAAGGAACGCGUGGAGAUCCUUGAGCUCUUCGAGAGGAUACGAGAGAAAGGGGUGAGGUUUAGACAAACAGACACUUCUGUUAUAAAUACACCUACACCUACACUUUUAUAAUUAUUUUUUUUUUUUUGGAAACUGGGAUCAAAUGGUAGGAAGGCAGGAGCCACUGGCCAUCCCAAUGGACAACUCUGGCUGCUGUUAACUGGUCACACGAGGCCGGACUCCAGCUCCCGCUCCGGGUUCGCGCCAGCUCUAGCUGUGUUGGAAGAGGUGCUGUAGGUCAAACUUCCGAGUGACCUUUGGGGAAUGUCCAGGAGGGGAUGUCCUGGGCUCUGUGCAGAAUUCCUUUCCCAGCCCAGUAGCUCUGCAGUCUGUCCAUAUAACCCAGCAAAUACUGUGGUGCACGGAAAGUUUAUUUCCCUUAAGGCAGCUUUCCUUUCUCCUCUUUCCCUACUCCUAUGGUUUUGAUUAUUUUGUAAAGCAAAUCUAGAGAGGGCUUUGUCAUUUCAAACAGGAAUACACACACACUCUUUCUCUUUCCACCUUUGCAACAUGGGCAGUGUUGUACAAAGGAUGCAGUAUUACUUCUGACAACAGAACUGUGGUAGAAAAUGACCAUGUGUGUUUUUAUCCCGCCCCACCCAAAGAGAUUUAGUCAUAGUGUUGGAAAUUGAAAGAGAUUUUUUUUUUUAAGGCUUGGCUGUUACUGAGUCUUUUGGAAGAGAAAAGCUCCCAUGUGGUGUUUGGAGGACAGGACUUUAUCAGAUACUGUCUGUAUCUCUGUUUUCUCAAGCUCAAGGUGUGUGUUUCUGGUGACCAGUGGUCACAAAUUCAUUGGAAACCCAAGCUAUUUUUGAAGAGGAGAAUUGUAUUGUUUUUAUCUAGCUCUGGUCAGUUAUCCAUCUUCUGUAACAAGGGUCUGAUAUUUGAGCUUGUCACUAAAAUUUCAAGAGAUGAAAAUCAACAGCCUUGAAUAAUAUUUCAGGUUUUUGUUUUGUUUUGGUUGGUUGGUUUUUUUUAUUAUUAUUUUUUUAGCAGUUACAAAAGUAAUUUAACAAAAAUAAAAUCAGAAAGUAGUCUAUUGACGUUGUGUACUCGGUAGUCCUGUCCCUGCCUGUAACAGAUUUCACUGAUGUAUUUUUUAAUACAGAAAAUUAUGUGAAAAGUAAAACCUGCCCCUGAUUCUGUCUGACCAAA